AUGCUCAUCAUCAACUCCAUCCUUCUCGCCUUGUAUGCCACCAUCGGAGCGUCGGCACCGACCCUCAACGGCGCCAGACUGGAGGUUGAGCCUCAACCUGACAAGCCAACCUUUCGGGACCUGCCUUCACACAACCCCAUGAUAACAAAUCCCAAACACCUCAACGUCCGGAUCAUCCUCGAGUCGAUACAGGGGCCCAAGAAGGCCAAGAAGGCCGACAAGACCGACAAGACCGGCAAGACUGGCAAGGCCAUGAAGGGCAAGGCUGCGAGAAAGACUACGGCUACCAAGACGACAAAGGGUACAGCUCGACUGCAUGUUCGCCGCAACAACAACGCACAAGAAGGAUCUGGCAAGAUUAGCCUCCUCGAGUCCAUUGCACAGGCUAUCGGCAUCGACCCCAAGUCCAUCUCCGAAUAUAUCAACAACCUCCGGAACGAUUUCCCCGUCCAAGUUGGCGCGCUGCCAACUUGUCUCAACCAGGCCACUCGGGAAAGCCUUACGGCUAUCGAAGCUUCACUGUCCAGUAUCCCCAAGUGCUUGAGCGCCACCGGCGACGAGAUCGAGAUUGACACAGAUGGCGUCGAGAUCGACGCAGAUGGCCUACCUGUAUGUCUUGAUGAGGCGGGCCAGAAUGCUCUGGAGUCUAUCCAAAAUGCACUCAUCGACCUUGGCGACUGUGCGACUGCGACCCCCUUGUCCAGGACUUAG